AUGGACUACACCAUCUUAAACAAGCUGCGUCUGGAGGGGAAGCUGUGCGACGUGGUGAUCGAGGUCGACGGCACCAAGUUCAGCGCUCACAAGGCCGUCCUGUCCGCCAGCAGCUCUUACUUUUGUUGGCCAAUUGUCCGCAACUGUGGCGAGCGAGGUGGCUGUAGAGACGUUUUAUUGGUGUUCUUCAGAGAACACGAGGCGUCCCAUUGGUCCUGUGGCUCAUCGAAGCCACUGUUUUCGUGCGGCCCCCUCUCUCGCAGCGCGCUGUUCACCAGCAGCAGCGACGAAUCGGAGCCGCAGGAGUUCAGCGUCUUGGGGCUGUCGGCGGACACUAUGAGGCUCCUCAUCGAGCACGUCUACGCGCACUACCCGACGGUCACCGAGGCGACCGUGGAGCCCCUCGUGCAGGCCGCCGUGGGCCUGGGCUUCGCGGGCGUGGCGCGCGUGUGCUUCGGCUUCCUGGAGGCCCGCAUGUGCCCCCGGAACUGCGUGGGGAUCUGGGGCAUGGCCGCGUCCUACCCGCAGCCCGACCUGGAGCUCCGCGCGUACCGCUUCAUCCUGCGCCACUUCGAGGAGGUGGGCCGCACCUCCCGGGAGUUCCUGGGACUGCCCCUGCCCCGUGUCUGCGACAUCGUCGGGGACGAUGGGCUCAACGUCAAGGAGGAGGGCGUGGUGUUCGACGUGAUCCUCCGGUGGAUCGGACACUGUCUCUCAGAGCGCAAACCCUACAUCUCUGUACUGUUGCCCAAGGUGCGGAUGUCCUUCCUGGAUCCCAACUACUUCCUGCACAAUGUGAUGGAGAACUCGGUGGUGAAGGAGAGCCGGGAGUGCAGGGACCUGCUCACAAGGACCAAAAGGUUCCUGCAGAACCGCCUGGUCACCAGGCUCUUCAGUUCCCUAAUCAGCGCUCAGCCCUGCCCGCCGCGGCUACCCCACGCCAUCCUGCUGGCCGUCGGGGGCUGGAGCGAACGCAGCCCCUCCAGCGCCCUGGAGUCGUACGACGUGCGGGCCAACCAGUGGGUCUCCGUGGCGCAGGACCAGGAGAGGCCCCGGGCCUACCACGGGGCGGCCUGCCUGGGCGGCUCCGUGUACUGCGUGGGGGGCCGCGACGAGGAGGAGUUCUUCAGCAGCGUGCGCAGGUUCGACACGGCGACGCUCACCUGGCACGAGGCGGCGCCCAUGCACCUGCGCCGCUGCUACGUGAGCGUGGCGGCGCUGGGCGGGCGGGUCUACGCCAUGGGCGGCUUCGACGGGCACGUCGGGCACAGCUCGGCCGAGCGCUACCAGCCCGAGGCCAACCAGUGGAGCUACAUCCAGCCCAUGCACGAGCAGAGGAGCGACGCUAGCGCCGCCGCGCUGCACGGCAAGGUGGGGCCGGCGGCCAUAUUGCAACAGGAAAGCUCCACUUCAGUUUUAAAAAGAAACAAACCUCAUGCAAAUCUGUUCCUUUGCGUCAGGAGCUGGAUGUUACGAUAAAAUUAUCAAAAAAUGCAGGAGCCAGCGACACUAUUAACGGCUUUUAGCAAACCACACGCAUACUCAACAGAACGG